AUGGAGAAAGCUGGCCCUGCAGCCGAAUUACACAAUCAGACGCCUGUAACUGAGUUUAUCCUUCUGGGAUUUGCAAACUUCCCCCUCUGGAAACCAGUCAUUUUUGGUGCCUUUCUGACCAUCUUUCUUUUGACUAUAACGGGGAACAGUCUCAUUAUUUUGGCAGUGAGACUGAAUCUUCAUCUGCACACCCCUAUGUAUUUCUUCUUAACGAACCUUUCCUUCCUGGAGAUGGGGUACACCUCCACUACAAUACCUAAUAUUCUCUAUGGGAUAUUAAGGCAUAGCAAUGUCAUCUCAUUCACCGGCUGCAUCGCCCAAGUCUACCUAUUUACAGUCUGCGCCACCACCGAAUGCAUCCUCCUGGCCGCCAUGGCUUGUGACCGCUAUGUGGCAAUCUGUCGGCCACUCCACUACAAAACCAUAAUCAGUAGCGUGGUGUGUGCCUAUCUGGCAGCCUUUGCCUGGUUGUGUGGUGUUCUAAACUCAACGAUCAACACAUACGUCACCUCACACCUCCAUUUCUGCGGGCCUAAUGCCAUAGACCGUAUGUAUUGUGAGGUCCAGCCUCUGAUACGUCUCUCCUGCUCCAGCACCCGCCUUAGUGACGUUCUUGCCACACUUUCAGCUGCCGUGUUCGGAGUCAGCUGCCUCCUCUUCAUCCUCACAUCCUACGUUUUCAUCCUGGCGGCCAUACUCAGAAUGCCCAGUGGAACCAGCAGGCAGAAGACCUUCUCCACGUGUGCCUCUCACGUCACCGUUGUCAUCCUCUACUUUGGAUCUCUCACCUUCCUCUAUCUUUUACCGGACAAUAGAUCUUCCCAGACACUGAAUUCGGCAGUCUCCAUGAUCUAUUCUACGGUGACUCCGUUGUUCAAUCCCAUCAUCUACAGCCUGAGGAACCAGCAGGUGAUAGACGCAUUGAAGAACGUGAUGGAUCACUGA